AUGAUUUCGAAAGGUAAUAAAAAUGAUAUAUUAAAUAAUAAUGAAGAAAACAGGAAUAUUUCUUUUUUGAACCCCUAUGAAAAUUCCAAGAUUUCUAAAGAUAAUUCUGCAGAAGAAAUAGCAGAAAAAUACUUAAGGAAUAAAGUAAGUUAUAAAACUAUAAAUAAAAAUAACUAUAAUAUAAAUAUAAAUAAUGAUUAUUAUGAUAAUAAAAAUAUAAGUGAAUGUAAUAAUUAUGUAUCUAAUGAUAAUACACCAUAUUAUUUAAAUAAUAAAAAUGAGAAUGUUAAUUUAAAUUAUGUUGGAGCACAAAAUUUUGAAAAGAAAAAUGAUUAUAUGUAUACAAAUUUAUUUUUAAAUACAAGUAAAAUAACUAAACUAAUUAAUUCUUGUAAUACUUCUAUGAACCCUAAUGAGACGAAUAAAUUGUACAAAUCCAAAGAAGAGGAAGGAUAUAAUAAUUAUAUAAAAAAUCAGGAAAAAAAUAAUGUCGUAAAUACGAUUGAUGAUUUAUUAAAUAAAUAUACAAACAAUACUAGUAUUAGAAAAAAUGAUGAAAAGUUAGGGUAUUUUAAAUAUAGCAUGACCAAACCGUAUAUGUUAGAUGCAAAAAAGGAGAUAACAAAUAAAUUACGGUUUGACGAUACCUCUGAAAGGGGCCGAUCAAAAUAUAUUAUGAAUGAUAAUAUACAAUAUAAAGAUAAUAAUGGCAUCACCAUAAACAACACCACCAACAACAACAAUAAUAAUAAUAUUAGUAAUAAUAAUAAUAAUAAUAAUAAUAACAAUAUUAUUAGUAAUAUUAGUAAUUAUAAUAGUAGAAGUAAUUCGGGCAAACGCAACUUGUAUGAACCACAGAGUCAUAGUAAAAAAAAAAAUUUAAUCCAGCGAAAUAAAGAUUAUGUUCAUUAUUUGAGCAAACGAAAUAGUAUUUUAAAAAAUGAAAUGCUAGUAAAGAAAGAUUUAAAAAAGAAAAAAAUGAGCGUUUCUUCAUAUGCGGAGAAUUCUUUUAUGAAGAAUAAAAUUAAAGAAGAUAAAUAUAAAAGAAAUAACUUUUUUUUUUAUGAUACAUAUUCUAAGAAUGAAGAUGGAAAAUAUAAGGAAGUAGAUUUAAUUAACAACAUGACUAUAUUUAAUAAGAAAAAGGAGACAAUUUGUGAACAUAAACCAACUUUUCAUUAUAAUGAAAACAAUAACCCUGUUAUUAAUAAUAUGAAUAUUUUUGAAAAAGAUUAUGAUAAAAUUAUAAACAAUUCCAUUAUUUAUAAAUGUAAUAAGGGAUGUGAACAUUCAAGAAAUUCAAAUGAUAAUAGUUUAUUUGAUAUGAGUUUUUUAAAAUCUACUUAUUCAGAUUCUAGUAAAAUUAUUGAUUCCCCUUUAAGUUAUGAGCAAGACAAUAUGAGCAUUUUCAAUAUAAGUAAUAACAAAAAUAAAAAUGAUGAAUCUGUUAUAAAUGUUUAUGAUAGUUCCAAUUUACAUUCAAAAAGUACUGAUAAUGUAAUAAUAUAUUACAAAGAUUCAAAUAAUAAAAAGAUGGUAGAUGUUAUAAAUGUAUCUAAUGAAUGUACCUUAGAAUCCAAAAAUAAAACAUCAGACAUAUAUUCAAAUAUAUAUAAUUAUGAUAACAAGAGUAAGACACAAAACGGAGAUAAUAAUGUAUAUAUAAAUAGGCAAAUGUCUUCAGCAUUAUUUAAUACGAAUACAGAUGAUAGUAAAAAAGGGGACUAUCUAAAUAAUACAAAUAAAAUAAUUAGUAGUGGUCUCAAUAAUGAUGGUAAUAAUAUUCGAAAUAAUACUUAUAAUUUAAAAUAUAAUAUAAAUUAUAAUAAUAUUAAUAAUGAUAUAAACGAAACCUACAACAACAAUAUUAUAAAUAAGAAGGAGGGAUACACUAAUUAUUUAAAUGUACGCAGUAAUUAUAGUACAAAUAAUAUUAAUAAAGAGUAUGUGGAAAAAAAUUACAAAGAAAAUGAAAAUUUAUCUGAGGAUAUGAACAAUAAUAAUAUAUGGAAUGAUGGAAAAAUAUGUAUAAAGAAUAGGAAUAAUAAUAUGAACCGAUAUUUUGAAUGUAAAAAAAAUGAAGAUAUAAUAAAAGACAUGAGCAGCAACAGCAAAAAUAAUGAUAAUAAUAAUGAUAAUAAUAAUCAUAAUAUUUAUAAUCACAAUAAUAAUAACAUUUAUAAUCACAAUAAUAAUAAUAAUAAUAUUAGUAUUGAUAAAAAUAAAGAAACCAAAUUAUUUCCCUUAUAUUUUUCUGAUAACAGACUAAAUAUUAUAUAUAAUGAUAGGGCGGAAAAAAAUUACAUAAUGAAUAGUAAUAAUAAUUUCUUUUCAAGCGAAAAGAAAAAAACAAGAAGUAAUCUAAAUAAUGGUGAUAACAAAAUAAAUUGUUAUAAUAAUAAUUAUAAUUAUAAAAAUCAAAAUGUAGAUGAAGAGCAAGAAAGAAAAAAACAUUUGUACAACAUGAAUACUAGUAGUCAUAUAAGACGUGGGUGUUUAAAUAUAGAUAAACAACAUAUGAACGAAUUAAAUAAUAUAAACAAUUAUGAAGAUUAUUAUAAAUAUAUAAAAGAAUUUGUAAAUUAUAUACCUAUAACUAUAAAAAAUAUAAAUAUUUUAUUAGCUCUAUCUUUAUACUUUUUAAAUUUUAACAUAAAUAAUAAUUGUACAGAAAAUGAAAUAUCAGAUAGUUUAUUAACAAAAAUAUUAAAUAAGUUUUUAUAUUGUCUUAAUUUAAAAACAUGUUUGCUUAAAGAAAAUAAAAUAAAUUAUAGUGCAGAUAAAUAUUAUUAUAUACAAAUAAAAGAAAAUGAUACAAAAAAUGAAGUAUUGUGUGACGACAACAAGGAAGAAAAAAAAAAAAAUGAACAACAUAUAGACAUAAAAUAUAACAAUCAUGUAAAAGAUAACAAUCAUGUAAAAGAUAAAAAUAAUGUUGAUGAUAAAAAUAAUGUUGACGAUAAAAAUAAUGUUGAUGAUAAAAAUAAUGUUGAUGAUAACAACCAUGUUGAUGAUAACAACCAUGUUGAUGAUAACAACAAUCACCAUUUUAAUCAUGAAAAUGGGAAUUCCUUAAGUAAUAAUAGUAGCAACUCUUUUGUUACCUUUUAUAAUAAACGAAUAAUAAAAUAUGAACAUGAUAUGAUAGCUAACAAUUUGUUAGAACAAAAUAUUGAUGAUAGGGAUAAAAGUCGUACAGCAAACAAAUAUGAUGAUAAAAAAGGUUUUUUUGUGUUUAAUAAAAAUAUGCAAAUAAUAAGCUUAAUAGAUAUAUAUAAAAUAGUUUGGUGUUUAUGUGUAUUAAAAAAGAACGAAAUUUUUAUCGAUCUUUUAAGGAUAUUAUAUAAAGAGAUUGAAUAUAUGGAUGUAGAUAAAGAUUUAAUUUUUUGUGUAAUGUAUCUUUUUGAAUAUUGUAAUAUAAUAGAAAUAAAAGAAUGUGAAAUAAAUUUAAAUAAAAAUAUGAUUUUAAAUAUAACUAAUGAUAAUAAUGAAAAUAUGUGUAUGUAUUUACAUUUAUUAUAUAUAUGUUCAUUAUAUAAUGAACAUAUUUUAUAUAAUAAAUAUCAUAAACAAAAUAUUGAAAAAAUUAUUCUAUGUUUUUAUGAUACUUUAGAAUAUUUAAAUUUAUAUACAUGUACUCAUAUAUUAUGUGUAUUAGCUUAUUUAAAUAUAAAAAAUGAUGAAUAUCCAUAUUUUUUUAAUAAAAUAUUAAAUGUAUUUAGACAUAACAUAAAAAAAUUAAAUAAAAGUAUAUUAUUAGUAAAUGUAUUAUGGUCCUUAUGUUUAAUUGAAGUCCCUUGUUCAGAAUUCUUAAAGGAUAUAAGUGGAUAUAUUAUAAAUAUUCUUCAUUAUAUUCCGCUUAGUGAAUUUAUAACAAUAUCUUGUUGUUUCGGUUGUCAAAAAAUUAUAUUAAUAAAUAAAUAUUGGAAAAAUGUAAAAAAAACAAAAGAACCAAAUAUAUUACAUAAAUAUAUUAUGAACAUUUCUCAAGACACCAUAAAUGAUUAUAGACAAUAUGAAAAGGAUAUAAAUACUUUUUAUACAGAAAAGAAAUUAUAUCCAUAUUACUUUUAUAGGAAACCUGUAUGUCAUUCUAUCAUUUUUAAAAUAUUAGCAUAUAACUUUUUACAUUACGAACAAAUAAAUAAAAAAAAAAAACAACAACAACAAGAAGAAAAAGAACAAGAAAAAGAACAACAACAACAAGAAGAAAAAGAACAACAACAAGAAGAAUCAAAUUAUAAAAUAAAUUAUGAUGAUAAUAAAAAUCUAGUAAGUAGUUACAAAAAAGGAAUGACUAACAGAAGUCUAAGUGUAGAAAAUAGACAUGAAAAAGAAAAUUCAAAAAAUAAAAAAGGUCCUCUUCAAAAUUUUAGAUUUAAUAGCUCAAAUGUGUAUGGGAAUAUAAAAAAUGCUUUAAUAAAAAAUUACAAUCUUCAAAAUAAUGAUGUGGUAAAAAAUGAUAAUGAUUUAACAACUUGUGAAAAAAAACAACAUUUACCCUUCUCAACAACAUGUGUAGAUAUUUAUCAUAAUAAUAAUAAUAAAAAUGAGGAGCAUAAUAGAAAUAUAAACAUAGAUAUUGAUUGUAACCAUACUUUUUCAUAUACACAAAAUAAUAUUAUAAAUUCUUUUAAAAAUGACUGGAAAAAUAAUAUAAAUAAAAAAAAAAAUUUUAAGAAAUUUAAAGAAUAUUAUAAUAUAUAUGAUAAUAAAAAUAAUAAUUAUGAUUUUCUUCUGAAUUCAUAUGAACGUAUCUUAUUUACAAAUCUAAUAGAAGAUUGUUGUAAUAACAUAAAUAAAUUAAACUCUAUACAUCUUAUCGAACUUUUAUAUACUUUAUCUAUCCUACAUAUAGACAAAUCAAAAAUUGUUAAGGUCAUAGAAAGAAAUAUGAACAAAAAUAUAUUUUAUGAACAUUAUGAAAAGUUUAUAGACAAGAUAAAAAAAAAAAAAUUACAAAAUAUAAAUAAAAAUGUAAAUAUAAACGAUAUAAAUAUUAAUGAUUUAGAUAAAAAUUUCAACAUGGACGAUGAAAUGAAAAACGAAAAAGAUGAUCUUAUCAUCUUAAAUUAUAUAUAUAACAAAUUUGUAAAAGAAAAUCCACAAUUUAUUAAUAAAAAUGAUUUAGAUAAUCAUUUCCUUUUAAUUGUGAAUAAUAUUUAUUUUUGUAAAUAUAUUAAUGAUGAUAUUUUUUUAAAUAUUAUUAAAUUUAAUAAAGAUCUAACAGGAACCAAAACAAAUAUUAAUCAUACAACUACUACAAAUCAUGAUAAAAAUAAUGACCAUAAUAAUAAAAAUAAUGACCAUAAUAAUAAAAAUAAUAACAAUAAUAAUAAAAAUAAUGACCAUAAUAAUAACAAUAAAAAUAAUAGCACUUUUUUUAAAUUAAAAAAUAUAUUUUGUGGUGCUGCCUUUAAAGAUAAGGAAUGUGUUAAACAAGAUAUACAUCAUAAUAAUGAACUUACACAAAGUAAUCAAAAUCAUUUAAUUAAUAAAAUAAAGGAUGAUAAGCAUCAUUAUUUUAUAUCUCAAAAAGAAGGUAGUGAUAAUAUAAAUAAUCAAUAUAAUCAGCAAAUAAGAAAUACAGAUUAUAAUAACCAUAUACAUAUCUAUGAUAAAAGAGAUAACAAUGUUUAUAAUAAUAUAUAUAAUAUACACAAUACACAUAAUGAACAAUAUGAUAAAAGUAACAUAAACAUUUGUCAAGAUAAACAUAUUAGUUUGUAUAAUAAUAAAAAUACACAUACAAAUUAUUCCCAACAAGAUGAUUUCAUGUCAAAUGAAAAGAAGAAAUUAUAUUAUCAAGAUGAAAAAAAUAUUUACAAAGAUACAUAUAAUAAUAUCCCUUCAUCAAAUAAUUAUAAUGGAUACUUAGGAGAACAUAAUCAUGAUAUAACAAGUGACACAAAUAAUAGCCCUGAAAUUUAUAGUGAUAAUACUUCAACAAAAUUAUAUAAUCUUAAAAAAGAUUUACAAAACACAUUUAAGGCUUCUAUUUCAUAUUACAAUAAUAAAAGUAAACAUAACAAUAUAAAUAAUGAUACAGAUCAUAAGGAAAAUUUUCUUCCUUCAGAAAUUUAUAAUAAUAUUGUUAAAAAUAGAAAUAUUAAAAAUAUAAUAUCUAAUUAUAAAGAAAAUCAAAUAAUAGACGAAACAAAUUUAAGAAAUAAUAAUUCUUAUGAAGAAAAAAAAAAACAAAAACAAAAACAAAAACAAAAUCAAAACAAUGUAAAAUAUAACUAUUAUCAUUUCAAUUUUUAUCAAAUAUUUAUCUUAUUAUUACAAAUUUCUAUGAUAUCCUUAUUUCUCUUUAUUAUUAUAUUUAUAUAUACAUCAUUGAGAUAA